AUGCCAAUCAUCCGGCCCGCUGGCGAGUCGGAUCCGACCGCUGCGGCCGUCGGUUCCACAGUCAAGAUCCGCUCUCUCGUCUCGCGGCCCUCGAUGAACGGCAAGGUCGGCGUCGUCGUCUCCGCCAACGCUUCGACGGCCCGCUUCGGCGUGCGCGUGGCGGGCGAGGCCAAGGCACUCGCACUGAGGCGCGCACUGAAAUGGCCGGCCAACCUGCAGCCAGCGGCCGAGGCGGUGGAGGUGGGCAGGCUCAUCCUCAAGGCGGCGGAGUGGUCGCCGCAGUCGCACGAGCUCUUCCCGACAGCGGCUCGCAAGCGGGCGGUCGAGGUGAUGCGGCUGGGCUACCUGAUCGCUUGGGACGAGGAGCGCUUCGACAGCCGCGAGGGAGCGGCUCCAGAGCUGGCGGACAUCUGGCGCGGCUUUGUGCUGCCAAGGGUGGUGGCCGAUUUUUGCCCCGCCUGUGCGACGUAG